ACUCUCCGCCCCUCGCACGUCUCCGCCUCUCAGUUUCUCGAGUGCAGACAUGUCAACAAAUUCGAGCUCGAGCUAGUUUUAUAAAGAGAGCAAGACCCGGCGAGUCCAGCGAGUGCGGAGCGCUGUCUUUCUCGCUCUCGGACACAUGAGCUUGUUGUAGAUUUUAAGUUGAAUGCAAGAUUGUUUUGGGAUCCCGGGUCGAGCUGAAUUACUUGAGUGCUGAGCCUCAGGCUGCCCAAACUAUGGGGAGACAAAGAGCGCCCGCCAAGCGACGAAAGACGACGAGCAACAAAUCGACGAGGCCAAGAGGAGGAGCAUUCUUCCGGCCUCCUGCGAAGAGCAAGACGAAAAUUCUGGCCGACAUGCGCAGAGAAAAGAAGCGACCCAAGAAGGCGAUGGGAGCUUACAUGUAUUUCUGUAAGCUGAACAGGAAGAAGGUGCAGACGUCAAACCCGACUAUGACUUUCGGCGAAAUUGGCAGAGUUCUCGGAAGCCAGUGGUGCACGCUGACCGAUAAGGAGAAGAAAAAAUACAUCAGAAAAGCUGAGACAGACAAGGUGCGCUACGCCAAGGAGAUGAAGCGAUUUGCUAAGUAGAGCGGGGAAAGUGCCAUCCUUUCGCCCAGGUGCGCCGAAUUGAGAGGAGUUCCAGUACGUUUAGAAAGAUCUAGCUGUCCCGCCCCUAUCCACCGAACGAAGGUGGCAAAUACCCUGGCCUGUAAUAUCUGGAGGGGUGAUAAAUUAUGUGCUUCAGACCUCACUCGAAUCCCGCUAAUGCAGGAAGAAGUGCGAGGAGCACGAGCUGUCGAGGGUCCAAAGGGAGAGUGUUUGUGGCAUAAGUCUCGCACAUCUCUCAUUUGUUCUUUUGUUAGUCAAGUCGAGAUCUUGACCUCGAGGAGACGUUAGCGUGCUCCUCGAGUUAUAUAUGAUACUAGAAUGUCGACAAUACUGUCGAGGCGCUCUGAGAUUCAGAGUUGUCUGAUGAUAAGAAUGCUGGCCGAGGCGAAAAUAAUGGUACACUAUUUUGAUAUAAUCAUGUGAUAUGGAAAAGAUGCCCCAGUUUUGAUGACAGGUAAGUUUAAUAUUCACUAAUUAUC